UGUGGAAACGAUCAUGAUUCACGUAGCAGAGAAAGUGUGUUUAGCUCAGAAUAGAGAAUAGAAAGAAACAACAGCAGAAACACCACCAUUCUCUCUCUCUCUCUCACAUCCCUUUGAGAUUUGUGCCUCCAACCAUAUUCUUCACUUCCUUACACAGCAUCACCAUCACCAUGCUUUAAGGCGGCGACCACUUCUCUCUCUCUCUCUUAUUCAUUUCUGAUUCAUCUUCUCUUUUUCUAUUAUUUCUGACCCCAUUUUUCUCUUCUUUCCCUCUCACCCCAUUUUUUCACCAACUUUAUUUAUAACCGCAUUCAAUUCUCUCAUCCAUUCCUUAACACGCUUUCUCUCUUUCAUUACUCUCUAUCCUUCUUCUUCAUUCUCUUCUCCAACUACUUCUUCUCUUCCUAACCACUCAAACAAACAAAUAUGAAGUUCAUGAAGUUAGGUUCCAAGCCUGAUGCACUUCAAUACGAUGGCAACUUUGUCAGGUAUAUAUCUUCUGAAUUGGCUACAGAUAUUAUCAUAGCUGUUGGUGAAGUUAAGUUUGAUCUUCACAAGUUCCCUCUACUGUCCAAAAGCAAUCGCUUGCAGAAGUUGGUGUCGAAAGCUAACGAAGAUAAUGCUGAUGAGAUUUAUUUGGACGAUUUCCCGGGAGGACCUAAAGCCUUUGAAAUAUGUGCGAAGUUUUGCUAUGGAAUGACUGUUACUCUAAAUGCUUACAAUGUCGUGGCUGCUCGAUGUGCGGCUGAGUUUCUUGAGAUGACAGAGGAUAUGGAUAGAGGAAACUUGAUUUUCAAAAUUGACGUGUUUCUCACCUCGAGUAUAUUUCGUAGCUGGAAGGAUUCUAUAAUUGUUCUCCAAACUGCUAAAUCACUUUUCCCUUGGUCCGAGGAUCUAAAGAUUGUCGGAAGAUGCAUAGAUUCCAUAGCUUCGAAAACUUCUGUUGAUCCGGUGAACAUCACCUGGUCUUACACUUACAACAGGAAACUAGCAAAGGUUGACAAAAUUGUCGAGGACAAGGUAACGGCAAAAGAGAAAUUUGAGUCUGUUCCGAAGGAUUGGUGGGUUGAGGAUAUAUGUGAGCUGGACAUUGAUCUCUAUAAACGCGUAAUGAUUACUGUGAAAUCAAAGGGAAGAAUGGACGGUGUUGUGAUCGGCGAGGCACUGAAAAUGUAUGCAGUUAGAUGGUUACCUGAUUCAGUUGAUGCAUUGGUUUCUGAUGCUCAUGCCCGGAGGAACAAAUCUCUGGUUGAAACAAUUGUGUGUUUAUUACCAUGUGAUAACGGUGUAGGUUGUUCUUGUAGUUUCUUGUUGAAACUAUUGAAAGUGGCCAUACUUGUUGAAGCGGAUGAAUCGUCCAGAGAAGAGUUGAUGAACAACAUCAGCCUAAAAUUGCACGAAGCUUCCGUCAAAGAUAUACUGAUUCCAGCAAGGUCUCCGCAGAUUACUACUUAUGAUAUUGAUUUGGUGCAAGAUCUUUUGAACCGGUAUAUGACUAAUGAAAAGAAAAACCGUGGUGUGGAUAUUGUAGACAAGAAUGAUAAGGUAUUUGGUGAAUCGAUUUUAGGGAAUAGGUCGAUACUGAAUGUUGGCAAGUUGGUUGAUGGUUAUCUUGGAGAAAUUGCACAUGAUCCAAAUCUCAGCCUCUCGAGUUUCGUUGAUUUGUCACAGUCAAUUCCAGAGUUUGCUCGACCAAAUCAUGAUGGUCUAUACAAAGCCAUUGACAUCUACUUGAAGGAGCACCAAAGUCUAACAAAAUCUGAAAGGAAGAACAUAUGUGGACUGAUGAAUGUAAAGAAAUUAACUGCCGACGCAUCGGCACACGCUGCACAGAACGAACGUCUUCCCGUUCGAGUUGUUGUGCAGGUUCUAUAUUUCGAACAAGUUAGAGCUGCAGCAAGCACCCGGGCAUUUGCCAGUCCACGCUCACUUCUAAACGGAGAUGCGGAGUAUGAGAAAACUUUGGGAGGGAGCUGCCAUUCCCUCAUCAGACAAACAAGCCGCAUGAAGAUCAAAGACGACGAGUUUCGCAGGAGUGUGAGGCUGAGUAAGAAGAGUAGCAAAAACAGCAGAAGCGGCAUGCAGUUGCUUCCGUCUCGGUCGAGGAGAAUAUUUGAUAAGUUAUGGAAUGUUGGUAAAGGACAAGGAGAGAAUAAGAGUUCAGAAACUUCAGGGGGUUCUAAUAGUCCAACUUCUGUAGUGCUUGGAGAUACCAAGUCUUCUGGUUCAUCUUUAAGACACCAAAGACAUUCUAUCUCUUAGAGAAUUACAUAAAUUAUUUGGAACAUGUGAAGGAAAUUCAAAUUGAUGUGAAGUGUAAAGUGGUAGGGUGUUUAAACUUGUGUUUGUAGUGCAUGCAUGUAAUGUAAUCAGGAUUAAGGUCUCACUAACAUUGGGAAAAAAUAUGUAGUGACAUUUUGGUA